AUGGAACGGCAAAACAUCUACCGGGACGUGGAGAUGAGGGAGACAGUAGUGAGUACUCCCCUCAUAGCAGUAAUAGUUUGUGCGCUAACUACCAUCCUGCUCCUAGCACUCCUCGCACGGGUUGUGUAUAAUUUGUAUUACAAAGAUAAGUUUCAGGUACACUUAUUGUAUUCCCGCGCUACUCAACCAUUCCAAGCUGAUGAUGGUAACAACGGCGAUGACAGAAACUGGUGGAAACGUACAUUCAACAAAAUUAUCAGUAAUGACCCCCAGAGAACCUUAAACUCUGCGGUUCUGCAUGCGAUCCUUUUUCUGCCUGUGGACUUGGAACUACCCAAUCCUCUCGAAAACGCGGAGUUGUUUAAUGAUAAAUUUUGCCUUAGCAGAGCGAAGGAAAGACGUCGUAUGUUGGAUGACCUUUUUUCCUCGCCUAAUGACAAGAAUUCUGUUGAGACAUCAGAAGGCGAAGAUAAAGUCUCACAACCCGUUUCAAAAUAUAGUGAUCCAAACAAUAACACACCACAAUACUUUCAUAGGAAUAUGAAGAGUAGAUAUAAGGCAUCCAUAAACAGUAAUAAAACCGGUUUGCUGACUCAAACAGAAGAAGAGUCAAGAAUGAGUUCUGUUAAUGAUGUCAGUGAAAAUCAACAACAUCAAAGAGAACCGAAACGUAAACAGCGAACUCCACGUGAGUGA